AUGUUUGAAUUUAUAUUUGAUUACGUUGAAAGAGAAUCUUUCACCAAGUACUUGAGAUUAAUUAUCUUUAUCGCUACUUACAUUAUUUUCCGUAAGUAUUACUCUGAUUGGGCUAAGAUGAAACAAGUUAAGAGACAAAUCGAACAAGAUAACAAGGAAAAGGAAGAAAAGCCAGAAAAGGAUAGAAAGAAGCGUGCUGAAAUAGAAGAAAAAUUGACCCAAGAAGCCGCUACUUUUGGUUGGGGUAAAAAGACUAGAAAGAAUGUUAAACUCUCUCAAUCUAUACUUGAAGAACAAGCAACUGAAUUGAGAGAAAGACACCAAACCGCAUACGAUGCUCAAGAAGAUCAUGACAUUGAAGAUCUUUUAGAAGAUUAG